AGCCCACACCUGCAUCACAAAGGAGACCUGGAAGCUGGGCACCACCUCAGCCUGCUUUGCUCAUCCUGGCCCAGCCUGAAGCCACUGCUCUCCCUGUCCAGGAGCCCACACACCUGGUCCAGCACACCCCGCCCAGGCCAUCCUGACCCAGCCAUCAGGGACCUGUGUGUGUGGCAGCUGCUCCUGAGAGGUCGGAAGGUUGUGCAGCUGUGCGCUUGCUGAUGGGGAAGUCGGAAAGCCCAAUGGGGGUGAUGGAGAAAGCCAGCCAGCCUGAGCAGAAGCACCGAGGCUUCCUGGAGGGGGGGCUGCUGCUGCUGCUGCUGCUGGUGACGGGAGCCCUGGUGGCUCUGGGGGUCCUCUACGCUAACAGCAGAGGGAAGCAGCUACCAUGCUUUAUUAGCCGGCUGUGCUUCUCAAAGGAAGAGAAGACCAGUAUAAAUCGAAAGCCCCGAGCCGUGAAACAGCCCAAGGAGCUGAACAAAGUCUGCACCACCCCUGGCUGUGUGAUGGCAGCAGCUGCCAGGAUCCUCCGUAAUAUGGACCCGUCCCAGGAACCAUGUGAUGACUUCUACCAGUAUGCUUGUGGAGGCUGGCUGCAGCGCCACGUGAUCCCGGAAACCAACUCCCGAUACAGCGUCUUUGAUAUCCUUCGAGAUGAGCUGGAGGUCAUCCUCAAAGCGGUGCUGGAAAAUUCCACCACUGAGGACCGGCCAGCUGUGAAGAAGGCCAAGAUGCUGUACCGCUCCUGCAUGAAUCAGAGCGUGAUAGAGAAGCGAGACUCUCAGCCCCUGCUGGACAUCUUAGAGGCAGUGGGAGGCUGGCCGGUGGCCAUGGACGACUGGAACGAAACUAAAGGCCCCGAGUGGUUGCUGGAACGACAGCUGGCUGUGAUGAACACACAGUUCAACAGGCGUGUCCUCAUUGACCUCUUCAUCUGGAACGAUGACCAGAACUCCAGCCGGCACAUCAUCUACAUAGACCAGCCCACCUUGGGCAUGCCAUCCCGGGAGUACUAUUUCAACGGAGGCAGCAACCAGAAGGUACGGAAAGCCUACCUGCAGUUCAUGAUGUCGGUGGCCACGAUGCUGCGGGAGGAUAUGAGUCUCCCCAAAAACAGCCACCUGGUGCAGGAGGACAUGAUGCAGGUGCUGGAGCUGGAGACACAGCUGGCCAAUGCUACAGCACCCCAGGAGGAGAGGCACGACGUGACCACCCUGUACCACAGGAUGGACCUGGAGGAGCUUCAGAACAAGUUUGGGCUUAAGGGAUUUAACUGGACUCUCUUCAUACAAACUGUGCUAUCGUCUGUCAAAAUUAAGCUGCUGCCAAAUGAGGAAGUGGUGGUCUAUGGCAUCCCCUAUCUACAGAAUCUUGAAAAUAUCAUGGAUAUCUACCCAGCCAGAACCAUGCAGAACUACCUGGUCUGGCGCCUAGUACUAGAUCGAAUUAGCAGUCUGAGCCAGCGAUUCAAGGAUGCACGAGUGAAUUACCGCAAGGCGCUGUAUGGCACAACAGUGGAGGAGGUACGCUGGCGCGAGUGUGUCAGCUAUGUCAACAGCAACAUGGAAAGCGCCGUGGGCUCCCUCUACGUCAAGGAGGCCUUUCCUGGCGACAGCAAGAGCAUGGUCAGAGAACUCAUCAACAAGGUGCGGGCAGUGUUUGUAGAGACCCUGGAUGAGCUGGGCUGGAUGGAUGAAGAGUCCAAGAAGAAGGCGCAGGAGAAGGCCAUGAGCAUCCGGGAGCAGAUUGGCUACCCCGACUACAUCCUGGAGGAGAAGAACAAGCACCUGGAUGAGGAGUAUUCCAACCUGAACUUCUCAGAGGACCUGUACUUUGAGAACGGUCUGCAGAACCUCAAGGCUGGUGCCCAUCGGAGCCUCAAGAAGUUGCGGGAAAAGGUGGAUCAGAAUCUCUGGAUCAUCGGGGCCGCUGUGGUCAAUGCGUUCUACUCCCCAAACCGAAACCAGAUUGUAUUCCCUGCCGGGAUUCUCCAGCCCCCCUUCUUCAGCAAGGAGCAACCGCAGGCCUUGAACUUCGGGGGCAUCGGGAUGGUGAUUGGGCAUGAGAUCACACAUGGCUUUGACGACAACGGCCGGAACUUUGACAAGAAUGGCAACAUGCUGGAUUGGUGGAGUAACUUCUCAGCCCAGCACUUCCGGGAGCAGUCCGAGUGCAUGAUCUACCAGUAUGGCAACUACUCCUGGGACCUGGCUGACGAGCAGAACGUGAAUGGAUUCAGCACUCUCGGGGAAAACAUUGCUGACAAUGGAGGGGUGCGGCAGGCCUACAAGGCUUACCUGAAGUGGAUGGCAGAAGGCGGCAAGGAUCAGCAGUUGCCCGGGCUGGAGCUGACCUACAACCAGCUUUUCUUCAUCAAUUAUGCUCAGGUGUGGUGCGGCUCCUACCGGCCGGAGUUCGCCGUCCAAUCCAUCAAGACUGACGUCCACAGUCCGCUGAAGUACAGGGUGCUAGGCUCGCUACAGAACUUAGCCGCCUUCGCAGACGCAUUCCACUGCGCCCGGGGCACUCCCAUGCACCCCAAGGAGCGAUGCCGAGUCUGGUAGCCAAGGAAGAGCUGCGAUGCGUGGCCCACGUCCACCCGUUGUCCGGAGGCGUCCGCGCGAAGUGGUGCAGCUGGCGGGGUCCAGGCGUGUGCCCCGUGCCCGGUGGCCCGGCGGUACCGCGCCCGCGUGCCUAGCCUGGAGAGAAGCCACCGGCCAGACACCCCAGGAGUGAGUGAUGUGCUGCCGGGCGCCCCCUCUGGCCUGACCGCGAGGGUCAGCGCUUGCAUGGCAGCCCUGUAGACGCGAUUAACUGUCUUCCACCCACUCCCCAAAGCGCGUUGUCAUCAAAUGUCCACGAGCUUCAGAUUCGAGCUAAAGUAAACGCUUCAAA